AUGGCACCUCAAAUUCUUGGAGCAAAAGUGAAAUCAGUCUUGUCAGGAGACACAAUUGUUCUUAUUCCUCCCAAGGGCGGUGAUCAAGAACGCCUGUUAGCAUUGGCCUACGUCUCGUCCCCUAGACUGAAUAACAACGAGGCUUUCGGUUUAGAAAGUAGAGAAUACCUUCGCAAACUGUUAGUCGGAAAGACCAUUCAAUUCAAGAUCCUGUACUCAAUCAAUGGCAGAGAUUACGGUGAUGUCAUUUCCCCAGUGUUCUCGAGUCUUGUUGAGAAAGUGGUAGCAGAUGGUAUUGUCAAGCUGCGUGAUGAUUCAUCCUCGAAAGAUGGUUAUGAGGAUGAUGAAACAAAUUCAGGAUAUGCAUCAAGAUUAGCUGCAGCCCAGGAAAAAGCCCAAGCCGGUCAAUUGGGUCUCUGGAGCCCUAAACUCCCCGCACCCAUUUCAACUUUGGCCAACAUCUCCAAAGAUAUCAUUGAAUCUAAGAAGGAAUUCCCAGCUAUAAUUGAAAGGGUCAUUUCUGGUGACCGUGUACAGGUCCGUGUGCUCCUUGAUCAUGAAACACACUAUUUAGGCAAUGUGCUAAUUGCUGGUAUCCGAGCUCCCAGAUCCGCAUCUCCAGAUGCUCCUGCUGAGCCUUAUGGAGAAGCUGCCAAAUCAUUUGUCACUUCUCGUUUACUACAGAGAUCUGUUAGACUCACCUUUGUUGCUCAGUCAAAUACUGGCUUGCCAAUUGCCAAUAUUGCACAUCCUGCUGGCGACAUUGCUGAUUCAUUACUUCGCAAUGGACUGGCAUCGAUUGCUGAUUGGCAGAGUCAAUACCUUGGCGCUCAAAAGAUGUCCUCCUUGAGAGGUGCUGAGAAAGUUGCUAAACAAAAUAAUCUCAACCUUUGGAAAGCAACUGGUGAAGACAGUGCUGAUCAUAACAAGUCUCUCAACUCUUUUGAAGCUCUGAUUGCCAAGGUAAUUUCCCCCGAUACCUAUGUCAUUCGUCUGAAAUCUGAUGAGGAACGAACUGUUCAACUUGCAUCUGUUCGUGCACCUCGGAAGAAUGAUCCUUCUCCUUUAGAUAUCUAUGCUCCAAUCGCCAGAGAAUUCGCCAGAUCGAAGUUUAUCGCCAAGAAAGUCAACGUCACAGUCAUUGCCCUUCGUCCCAAGACCGAGCAAUUCGAUGAACGCGAACUAGUUACCCUGGAGCUACAAGGUAAAGAUAUUGCCAGUAUCCUUGUCGCAAAUGGCUAUUCCACUGUUAUUCGUCACAGAAAGGGCGACGAUCACGAUCGUUCGCCCAUUUGGGACGAGCUUCUUGAAUUAGAAACGCAGGCCAUCUCAAAGCAAGCUGGAAUACAUUCUAAGAAAACCCCUGCUCCUCAGCGCCUUGUAGAUGCCUCAGAGAGCUUGACAAAGGCUAAAGGAUUUCAAUCAUCUUUGGAGCGCCAAGCACGUAUCCCUGCAGUCGUUGACUACAUUUCUUCCGGUGGUAGGUUGAGACUAGUCUCAAGCAGAGAAAAUAUCAUUCUCACUCUGGUCCUCGCUGGUGUGCGGGUACCUCGUCCACAAGAGGAUUAUGGAAAAGAGGCUCUAGAAUACGUCAGUAAACGCCUCUGGCAACGUGAUGUCCAAUUUUCUGUUGUUAACAUCGACAAGACUGGCGGAUUUAUUGGUCAUAUUUACCUUCCUGGUAGUUCUAUCCCCCUCUCUAUUGCAUUGGUCAAAGAGGGCCUUGCUGAAGUUCACGAAUUUUCCGCUCAACAAAGUGGAUUCCAACAAGUUCUGGAUGAGGCUGAAAUUGAAGCCAAGAAGGCCAAAAAGGGCUUAUGGUCAAAUUAUGUCGAGCAAGAACCAGUCGUUGCUCCUACCACCACAGCGAGUGAUAAUACUAGCUCCGGUUCCUCAAGAAACUAUAUCGAUAUUUUAGUGACUUCUGUGUCUCCUAGUGGCACCCUGUCUUACCAGACAGGCGCAUCUACUACUAAGCACAGUAAACUAUUGGCAGAUUUGGCAUCUUUCAAUUUAUCGGCUGCUAACUCUACUCAGUUUGCUUUCAAAGCACAUGUCAAGAGGGGAGACUCGGUUACCGUUGUCCAAGGCAAUGGUAAGUUUGCUAGAGGUAAAGUUUUGGCAUUUGACAAGCCUGAUAAAUACACUGUUGAACUCGUCGACACUGGUGCGGUCAAGACUGUCGGUCUGUCCGCUUUGCGACCUCUUCCUGCUCAAUUUUCCUUGUCUGCAAUCCCUGCUUUAGCCAAGACCGCUGAGCUUUCUUUUGUCCAAACACCUCCUGCUAACUACCUCGACGACUAUGUGACUUACUUGGAGGGUAAGACAACCGGCAAACAGCUUGUUGCCAAUAUUGACUCUCCAGCAAGCGUAUCUCCUGUGUCCGUUACUUUGUACGCUGCGGAUUCUAAGGGACCUGAGGAUUCGCUUAAUGCAAAUCUGAUUUAUGAAGGGUAUGCCUUUGUUUCGCCUGUUCCUAGCUGGGCCAGAGACUCGUCUUGGAACACUUAUCUUGAUUCAUUGCAUGAAGCUGAGGGUGGUGCCAAGGCUGAUCGCGUAGGAGUUUGGGAGUACGGUGACCCAAGAGACUUGGAAGAUUAG